AUGGAAGAGGAGCAGGCGUUGGAGACUGACGGCUUGCUCCCUCUGGAGAGGCAGCUCCAUGAGGCUGCCCGCCGGAACAACAUUGGGAAGAUGCAAGAGCUGAUCGGGAGGAGGGUUAACAUCAGGGCCAGAAGCAACGUAGGCAGGGUGGCCCUGCACUGGGCUGCGGGCGCAGGGCACGAGCAGGCAGUGCGGCUGCUCCUGGACCACGAGGCUGCUGUGGAUGAAGAGGAUAUGUUUGGGAUGAAUGCGCUUCUCUUGUCUGCCUGGUUUGGCCACUUGCGGAUCCUCCAGAUUCUGGUCAGUUCCGGGGCCAAGAUCCAUUGUGAGAACAAGGAUGGCCUGACCUUACUGCACUGUGCAGCCCAAAAAGGCCACGUGCCAGUGUUGGAGUUCAUAAUGGAGGACCUGGAGGAUGUGAACCUGGACCACACAGACAAGCUGGGAAGGACGGCAUUUCACAGGGCAGCUGAGCACGGGCAGCUGGACGCUGUGGACUUCCUGGUGGGCUCUGGCUGUGACCACAGUGUCAAAGACAAGGAGGGAAACACAGCUCUUCACCUGGCUGCUGGCCGGGGCCACGUAGCCGUGCUGCAGCAACUGGUGGACAUCGGGCUGGACCUAGAGGAACAGAAUGUGGAAGGCCUGACCGCUCUCCACGCGGCUGCUGAAGGGACCCACCCUGACUGUGUUCAGCUCCUCCUCAGGGCUGGGAGCAACGUGAAUGCCCUUACCCAGAAAAAGCUGAGCUGUCUCCACUACGCGGCCCUCAGUGGCUCUGAGGACCUGUGUCGGGCCCUCAUCCUCGCAGGCGGCUGCACCAAUGUGGCUAAUCACCAGGGCACUUCUCCUCUGCACCUCGCUGUGAGGCACAACUUUCCUGCCUUGGUCCAGCUCUUCAUCAAUGCCCACAGUGACUUGGAUGCCACCGACAAUAGGCAGCAGACGCCCCUUCACUUGGCCGCUGAGCAUGCCUGGCAAGACAUAGCAGAGAUGCUGCUUGUGGCUGGGGUCGAUUUAACCCUGCGGGAUAAGCAAGGAAAAACUGUCCUGGCAGUGGCCGCCCGCAGCAACCAUGUCAGCCUGGUGGACAUGAUCAUAAAAGCUGACCGUUUCUACAGAUGGGAGAAGGACCACCUUUCAUGCAGGGACUCCAGUGACCCCUCUGGGAAGAGCUUGACCUUUAAGCAGGACCAUCGGCAGGAAACACAGCAGCUCCGCUCUGUGCUGUGGCAACUGGCCUCCAAGUAUCUGCGGCCCCACGAGUGGAAGAAGCUUGCCUAUUACUGGGAGUUCACUGAGGACCAUGUUUAUGCCAUAGAGCAACAGUGGACAGGUACCAGGAGCUACCAGGAGCACGGCCACCGGAUGCUGCUCAUUUGGCUGCACGGUGUGGCCAUGGCUGGUGAGAACCCCAGCAAAGUGCUGUUCGAGGGCCUAGUGGCCAUUGGCAGAAGGGACCUGGCUGGUAAGAGCAUGCUCUGCAGGGCUCCUCUCACAGCAACCUCAAACUCUUGGGCUCAAGCAAUCCUCUUGCCUCAGCCUCCUGAGUAG